AUGAAAAACAUAUUAAAAUUAUCAAAAGAAGUUCAAAAUGCUAUACGACUAAAUAAACCAAUUGUAUCAUUAGAAUCAACAAUUAUAUCUCAUGGAUUACCAUAUCCUCAAAAUUUAGAAAUGGUUAAAUCAGUUGAAUCAAUAAUUAGAGAAAAUGAUGUUAUUCCAGCAACAACUGCUUUUUUAAAUGGUAUACCUCAUAUAGGACUUACAGAACAACAAUUAAUAGAAUUUGCUGAAACUCCUCAAUCUAAAAUACAAAAAGUUUCAAGAAGAGAUAUGGGUUAUGUUAUGGCAAAUAAAUUAAAUGGUGGUACAACUGUAUCUCAAACUAUGAUAUUGAGUAAAAUUGUGGGGAUUAAUUUUUUUGCAACUGGUGGAUUAGGAGGAGUUCAUAGAAAUUUACCAGGAGAAUUUGAUAUGGAUAUAUCAGCAGAUUUAACUGAAUUAGGUAGAACUUCAGUAAGUGUUAUAUGUGCUGGUCCAAAAUCAAUAUUAGAUAUUCCAAAAACUUUAGAAUUUUUAGAAACUCAAGGAGUAUUUGUUGGAACAUAUAAUGAAGAUAAAUUACCUUUACUGGAGUUAUAUUUACCUGGAUUUUAUAGUAGAGAAUCACUGACUUUAUCACCAUUUGGUUUUAAUAAUUUUGAAGAAGCUGCAAAAAUCACUUAUAAUCAAAAUUUAAUGGGUUUACAAUCUGGAAAUGUAUUUUGUAUUCCACCUCCAAAAGAUACUUCAUUAAAUGGAGAAUUUAUAAAUAAAAUUAUAGAUGAAUCUAUUACAAAAGCUAGAAAUCAAGGAAUUUAUGGUAAAAAAUUAACACCUUUUUUACUUAAUGAAAUUAAUUUAAAAACUAAUGGGAAAUCAGUUGAGUGUAAUAUUAGUUUAGUUAAAAAUAAUGCAAAAGCAGCAGCAGAAAUUGCAAAAGAAUAUCAUAAAUUAACCAAUCAAAAUUAUAAUCAAUCUCAAGUUUCACAACAAGUCAACAUCGAUCUUAAAGAAUUGAAGCAAACAAAAGUAGAAGAAGAUCUUCAAAAAUUAAAAACAUCAAAAGUAGAUGAGGAGAAUCUUCAAACUAACCUAAUAGUAGUUGGGUCAAUAGCAUUAGAUACAAUAGCAACAAUCAACACUAAAACAAAAUUAAAAGAUUCAAAUAUUGGUAAAAUUUCAAAUUCAAUAGGUGGAGUAGGGUUUAAUAUAGCAUUAGCAAGUUAUUAUACUAACCCAACAUCAAUAAAAUUUAUAUCAAGAAUUGGAAAUGAUUUUAGUGGUGAUUUAAUAUCUAAUGAAAUUAAAAUUGAUCUGAAAUUGAUAAAAGGUGAGGGAUCAACAGCUCAAUAUGUUGUUACUCAUGAUUCUAAUGGUGAAUUAAUUAUUGCAGUUGCUGAUAUGUCAAUAAUGGAAGAAAAUUUUUCAAAAGAAGUUAUUCAAGAAAUUGAAUUGACAAAGCCAAAUGUUGUUGUAUUAGAUUGCAAUUUAUCUUCAACAACAAUAAAUGAAAUUUUAAAUUUUGAUUAUCCAAAAAUACCAAAUUUUAUAAUUGAACCAACAUCAUAUAUAAAAGCAAAAAAAUUAGAAUCUAUAGACCUACAAGUAUUUCCUCAAAAUAGAAUUAAAUUAAUAACUCCAACUAUAGAAGAAUUAAAUACAAUAUUUGAAUCAUUUGAAAUUGGUGGUAAAUUUGAUGAUUAUGAUAAUUGGUUUCCCGUAUUAGAUGCAAUGAAUAUAAAUACAUUAUUUAGAGAAAAAAUUGAAAAAACUAGAGAGUUUAAAUCAUUAGAUUUAUCAUCAAAUGGAAUUUUUCAACAAUGUUUUUCAUUAUUACCAUUUUUUCAAAAUAUAUUAAUAAAACUAGGUUCAAAAGGAUGUAUAUUAUUUAGUUUGGUGACUAACGCAAAAGAUUUAAAAAGUAUACCAACAACAUCAAAAUAUAAACCAACUACAACAAUAAUAAAUGAUAAAAAUAGUAGAUUAGGUAUAAUUAUUGAAUAUUUUGAUAUACCAAUUGAAAAUAAAAACCUAGAUAUAAAAAAUGUAACUGGUGCAGGUGAUUCAAUGAUUGGAUAUAUUGCAUCGAAAUUAAGUACCAGUGAAAAUAAUUGGUUAGAUUGUGAAAUCACCAGUAUUGAACAAAUUUGGGAAAAAUGGGAAUGUAUUUAUAAAUCUCAAUUAGCUAGUGGAUUAAGUUUGAUAAGUGAAAAUUCUAUAAAUCCAAAAAUUAAAGAUUUAUAG